GCGGAAAUAAUAGGGGAAAUAACUGAGAUCGAUUUAAGAAGGAAGAGACGAGUAGUUGAAUGUUGUUCUAAUUUUGACAGAUGAGGUUUGAAUGAGCUGGAACGAUAAUUCUUCAGCAGAGUCCGACAGGGCCUCGGAAACCAAACCACUAAUGGAUGGAUGUGUGGACUCAACUCGGAGGCAUUUGUACGAAGAUAUUAGAUCUAAUGACACAGCAGCAACUGGAACUGAUCAGGCAGAGGAAAACCAUGACAGACAAGUGACCUCUCGCCCGACACGAGAUGGGGGCACUGUCCAAAGGCGGUCAGCAAGGUCUAAUGAUGAUGAAGAGGAAGAUACAUUACUCUAUGGUGCCAAACAUGUCAUUAUGUUGUUUGUACCUGUGACUCUCUGUAUGGCAGUAGUUGUAGCUACCAUCAGCUCCAUAACAUUCUACACAGAUAAAGGAGGUUACUUAGUGUAUACACCAUUCCAUGAUGGAGACAAAGCUGAUGCUGACACUGGAACCAAAGUCUGGCAGUCGGUGGCCAACGCCCUCAUUCUACUGGCAGUUAUAUGUGUUAUGACCAUUGUACUCCUUUUGCUGUACAAAUUCAGAUGUUAUAAGGUAAUUCAUGGCUGGUUGAUUACAUCAUCACUUAUGCUUCUGUUUUUAUUUUCCUACAUCUAUCUGGGGGUGGUGCUACAGGCCUAUAAUGUUGCCAUGGAUUACAUCACUGUAGCUCUAUUGAUGUGGAAUUUUGGGGUGGUGGGCAUGAUUUGUAUCCACUGGAAGGGACCCUUAUUUCUACAGCAGGCCUAUCUCAUUGUCAUUUCUGCACUGAUGGCCCUCAUCUUCAUUAAAUAUCUACCUGACUGGACGACUUGGGUCGUGCUUGGAGUCAUGGUUGUGUGGGAUUUAGUAGCAGUGCUUUGUCCAAAGGGCCCUCUUAGAAUUUUAGUAGAAACAGCACAAGAGAGAAAUGAACCAAUAUUUCCAGCACUUAUUUAUUCGUCUACUGUGGUUUGGUCUGUUGUUGGAAUGGCUAAGGAUGGAUCUGACAAAAAGAAGAAAAACAAAAAGAAAUCCAAAACUCAAGCUCCAGCAGCCACAGCUGAUCCCAAUCACUCAGAAGAAGACGAUGGUGGAUUUUCAGAGGAAAGACCUCCCAGACAUUUGUCUCAGAGCUCUGAAGAAACUGCCAGGGCAGUACGGGCUGCAAGAACUUUAGGAGAUUCAGAAAAUGGGCAGCGACGAAGUACAGAGAGAAAUCAGUCAGGAGAGGAGGAGGAGGAAGAAGAAAGAGGAGUUAAGUUGGGGCUUGGUGACUUUAUAUUUUAUGGUGUACUUGUUGGCAAGGCUUCCUCCAACGGAGAUUGGAACACCACCCUUGCCUGUUUUGUAGCCAUUCUUAUUGGCCUGUGUUUCACUCUUCUGCUGCUUGCUAUUUUUAGAAAAGCAUUGCCAGCUUUACCCAUCUCCAUUACAUUUGGACUGAUAUUUAAUUUUACCACUAGUCUUCUGGUGCAGCCAUUUGCAGACCGGCUGUCUGCAUCUCAGGUGUACAUCUGAUAUCAGUGGUCGGGUGUACAUCUGAUAUCAGGGGUCAGAGUGUACAUCUGAUAUCAGGGGUCAGAAACUAGACGAGUGGCAAGAACUCUAUGCCAUAAAUUAUUUUUAAAAAAACUCUGUUCUGUCACAAUUAUCAUCACUAAUAAACAUUAUUAAUAUUUUUUGAACAAGCCAUCAUUUAGUUUAAAUGCUCUUGAGAAAUAUUUGUAGUAUUUUCAUCUGUUGAGUUACAUGAAUUGCUUUCAAAGCAAAGCACUCUAUUUUUAAUUAUUUAGUUUUAUGUUUAAGUACAAGCAGUACUUACAAAUGCCGAAGAAUGAAAUUUGUAUUCAUUUACAUGAUGAGAGUAAAUAUUCAGUUCUUGAUGUUCAAUAUCUAUCUGACACGUAUAUUUACAGUCUUACUAAACAUGUACAUUGUAGCUUUGUUAUUUGAAAAGAUCACAUGUUCAUUCAUAUUAAUGUCUUCGUUUUGAUUUCGUCAAUAAAUCAACAAAUUCCA